AGGACCAAGAAGAAGCAACAUUGUGUGGCAAGGAUUCUUUUAAACAGUAUAACAUUUCUAAAUACUGAAUACCUUUGUCCUUGUUCCAAAAUGAAUUUUUUCUGCUUUUCACUGGAGGGUUCUAUGGACAGUUUGUAUGAACCAGUUAAAGAAAAUCAAGAAUUACAAGAAGAUAUUUGCAUGAGUAGCAGAGCUAAUACACCAGAAUGUGCUAAUGCUGAAAACACAGCAAUAAAAGAAAGAAAGUUCAUCCAGGAGCCAUUGUCAGAAAAUGAGGUAUUUGAAAAAAAUGAAGAUUUUCUUAUAGAACAAAAGUCUUACCUACUACAAGAAUCAAGGAAAGAAGAAACAGCAUGCCAUGUUACAGAUUCGGAUGAAAAUCAAGCUGAAACAAUGGGAACCUUGAAACGGUUGCAGAAGUUAGUUCGAAAUAAGAAAGACAGUAUACAUAGUUUGGAUGACAUGAAGCAUAUAUUAUCAUCCAAUAUAUCACCACAAGAUCCUGGGUUCUCUGAAGCUGAAGCUGAAGUUCCAAUUUCAUGUAUGAAAUUAACAAAAUAUCAAGACAAAAAAAUAUUGAAAGAGAGUACAAGAUUAAAGGCAGAAUUUCAGCCUAGAACAGAUCUUAUCUCAGCAUUGCUGGAUACAACUUACCUUUCUGGAAUUAACAAUCUAGAAAAUAAUGACACCUGUUCUGAAAUGGAAUUUCAGCUCUGGAGUGACUGGAAAAUUUUCUCAGAUUCUCAGCUGGGUCCCUGUGAUUUCUUCACCACAAGGAUUGAAGAGUGGGGAAAAUGUACCUGUUGUUCACAUCAGUCACAACUUACAAGCUCUGUCACAGAUGUGGAUCUCCCAAGUUCAUGGAGGUCAAGCAGCUUUGGGAAAUUUGACCAUCGCAGACAUCACUCAACAUCAAAACCAAAUGAUUCAUCUGAGCUAGAUGAAGUAUGUGCCACAUGUGAUGGCACAGAAUUGAGACAAAACAAACCCAAUAAUGGCGGAAGCAUUGGAAAAAAGAUGAGAGCCAUUUCCAUGACUAUGAAGAAAAAGAUGGGUAAAAAGUACAUUAGGGUGCUUUCAGAGGAAAUGAAUGAAGGAGCAAAAAGCUUUUCUACUUCAAAUAGGGACAGUGACCCUGGAGGAGAACCGACCACAGCUUCUAUGAAGGCAAGUGACUCCAUGGACAGCCUCUAUAGUCUUAAUAGCGGCCAAAGUUCUUCAAGUGGUGUAACUUGUUGUUCAGAUGCAACAAGCAACAGAGACAGCCUAAAGUUUGAUGAAGAAAUCAGUUAUGUGGGACCAUUCUGUGGCAGAGCCAGAGUACACACAGACUUCACUCCCAGUCCUUAUGAUUCAGACUCCCUAAAAAUCAAGAAAGGAGAUAUAAUUGACAUUAUCUGUAAAACCCCAAUGGGCAUGUGGACUGGACUGCUAAACAACAAGGUUGGAAACUUCAAAUUUAUUUAUGUGGAUCUGAUUACAGAAGAGGAAUCUGCACCCAGAAAGAUAAAACCACACAAGAAAAGUAAAAGGGCCAAGCCUAAUUCUCUUCAGGAAUUCUUGGAGCAAAUCCAUCUCCAGGACUAUUUAUCAACCCUUUUGCUAAAUGGCUAUCAGACAUUAGAAGAUUUGAAAGAUCUACAUGAAAAGCAUUUAAUUGAACUUAACAUCAAAGAUCCAGAAGACAGAACAAGGCUACUUUUAGCUAUUGAGAAUCUGCAGGACUCUGAAAAUGAACAAGACCAGGAAACAGAACCAAUGCCACAGAUGUUAAACCCUAACCUCAGCCUUAACAAACUACAAUUAAAUGAAAGAGAUUCUGGUUGUUAUAUCUCACCAGAAAUGUCAGACAAUAGUAAAGAAGACCUUGAUGCAGAAAAUCUGCCUGAUGUCAUCCAGAAAAUUUCCAUCACUGAAUCAGAUUGAAACUUGUUUACAUUUUCAGCAAAUUAUUAAUACUUAUUUGGGAGUUUCAAGAAAUGCACUGAAUUGAUUUGUUUGUACAAGAAUACAAUAAUCAUAGAGUACAUUAUUAAUUUUGAGACUGUAUUUCAUUUCAUCUUUUAUCAAAUUUUACAAACAAAUAAUAUAAAUGUUCCAUACUAUUAUUUGCAAUUUUCCUAAAAUAUACUAAUUGGAUUUUAUACAGAAUUCAUAUAAGAAAUUAUAUUUCUACAAUAUGAGAAUAACAUUAUUUUAUAAUUUUACCUAACAUUUAAAUAUUUAAAUUUAAAUAUUGUAAAAAUGUAUAUAAUUACUAUCUAAUUUGAAAAAAAAAACUAUUUAGCUAUCCUUUUAAUCUAAUGCUAUAUUUCUAUAAAAUACUUUUCCUAAUACAAUUAAAGUGUAACAAAUUAUUUUUUUUCAUAAAAAUAUUGCUAUGCCUAUUUUAAUUGAUCCACAAUGAAGAAUGAUGUAUAAUCAGUUAAAACAGUUUCUUUUGCUAUAAAUCAAUGUGUGUGUGUGUGUGUGUGUAUGUAUGUGUGUAUAUAUAUGUGUGUGUGUGUGUGUAUACAGACACACACACACUUUGUCCAUAUGUUUAUUUUUUUCCUAUAUAUUUCAUUAUAUUCUUCACAGUGUAGAAGAUUAUUAGCAGCAAGUCUUUUUCAAUAUGUGUGAUAUACAAAUAGAUAUUUAGUAUAUAUUUAUUGCCAAGCAUUUUUUUAAAAAAGUACAUAUUGUCUAUUUCUCAGUACUAUUACAUCAGCUUUAUUUUGUAAUGAUAUACAGUAUAAAUAUUUUCUUGCAAAAUAAAUCAAGUAUGUGGUGUGAAGUCAAUGUCAACACUUUAGUGACCACACAGAUAGACUUGUCUAGAAUGAUCUGUCUGGCUCCAGCUGCUAAGCAUUUCCUAACAUGCUGCUGCUGUAGCUAUGUCCACCCAUCUGAUACCGGACAUCCUCUUUCCUUUCACCUUUCCAGCGGUAUUGAUUUCUGGACCAUUGCAUAAUGUGUCUAAACUAUGACAAAGUGAGCCUGUAUGUACUUUAACUGAUAACAGAAUAUUGCUUUGUUCUUUGAUCCAUAUGUUUUCUUUCUUGAUAAUCUAUGGUAUUUUCAAGAGUUUCCCUAACACCAAAGUUCAGAAUAAAAUAAUGUCACUGAAUUGUUGUAAUGUAAAGAUUUUUCUUAGAGAGGCUAUAAAAUAGCCAGAUUUUUCACUGGAAGUCUAUUUAAGUUCUGUAAUCACACAACUUUGAACAAGUCAGGUGAAUUAAUUUUGCUAACUAGUUUGCAUAAAGUUCCUUUAGUCUGAUUUGUCUCAAUUUUUCCACAUCAAAAUUGAACUAUUAUACUAACAUUUAUAGCUAAGAAGAUGUACAUUAGUAGAGUCAAACAAACAUAAAUUACAAAUAGCUCUGCAAAUAAUAUAUUGUGAUAUUUGUCCAGAAGAAAAAAUAGUGGAGGAUAAAGCAUAGAAAUAAAGCUCUACAACUUAAUAAAAUGGAUUUCAAAUUGGAUUUGAAAUGAACAAUAAAGCAUAUUUUCAAUGUUUACAAGUGCAAAUCAUGUAGGGGAGAAAGUUAGUUUUUGUGAUCUAUUCACUUUCUGACCUUACUUGUUGAGUUAGGUUUAUCUAAAAGCCUGUUUAGCUUCAGUUCUGUUAAAAAUUCAUGUAGUAUCACCUCAUGAUUCCACUAUCUUAUGUCUUUAUUUUAGUUUGCAUAAAUUGCUGCAGUAUUUUGAAGAAACUGGAAAGUUCAUAAAGCCCCUGUUUAAAAGUUUAGGGAAUGUGAUUGGAAAUAUCAUUUCUCCCUGAGAAUUGUUACCAACCAACUUAAAAAUAUUGAGAUGAUAGCCAAAGCGUAACCUAUUGUUCUUAAAAGCAGAAUAAAAGGAAAGUGUUCUUGUUUUCAUAAGAAAUCUCUUGUUAAAUGUAUGUUUUCACUAUAAGCCACCCAGACUUAACUUAGGUGAGAUGGGCCAUCAAGAAAUUAGAUUUACUUAUACUUUACUCUUACUAUUGCACUCAUUAGUUAACCAAAACUGUAAAACUGUAACAAAAGAGUUCAUUGAUGACAAAUAGCAGUCUAAUCAGGACUUAUGUUCAACUUCUAUAGUAGUUCAAUCAUAUCUCUUACCUAUAUAGAAUUGGUCAUGCCACUGCCAGUUUUUACUUAUUUUUACUAGAGAAUAAAAUAAUACAAACUAAAUAAGUCAGAUGUUUUCAAUAGUUAAAAUGUUUUAAUGUGGAUUCUGCAUUUAUUUUAUCUGAGGCAUGUCAAAGACUGCAAAAAAUAAUUGGAAUGGGACAAUAAACUAGCCAGAACUGAAAGAAAAACAAAAAGUGGUUUUAUUUUAAUUAAACUGAGCUAGGGUUAUAUUUGGUUAAUACAUACUAUUAUAUAGUAUGACUAUUCCCCAUGUAUUUAAUAAUCCCAUUCAUCCCAUUUUUGUCCCAUUAAAAUUAUAAUUCAUUGGCAAUUGUUAGAGAAGCUAUGGAGUAUAUAUUAAACUUCCAAUAAGGUCUAAUUCCAAGAGCUCAGUUUGGUCAGAUCUCUGAUAUACAAAUGUUUAUUGUAAUUAUCAUAAGCAAUUUAAUAAAUAAAUGGCAGAAGCAUC